AGAAUGUUCGCGUGUUUCAUGAAGUACAGUGCUUUGCAUUACUGGUUUACAGUAUUAAAAUAAAAGAGUAUUACAAAUAUACUUACUUUAUUAAGUAAGUGUUAGAAAAAGUGAAGGUUCCAAGCGAGGUGUCUUCUAUUACGUUGACGAAAUGGCAUUUUUAAAAACAGUGUUUUUUCUGGCUCUAAUAUUCACAAGUAGCCAGAUCAGAUGCGACAGACAGAAAAGGGCUCUUAUAUUCCCUCCUGUGAGUCUGUACGGGACGUUCUGCGCUAUUGCGGUUCCCGUUGACAUUCCGGACAGAAACGUGUUCCUGUCGUACAACUUCGAGGCCAAUUACAGCACCGUCAGCAAUAUCACCGAGAUAGAUGAAGUACUGUUUCCUAAUCUUCCGGUUAUUAGUUCGCGACAAAGCCGCAGCAUCACAAGAGAGCUGGCUUACACUGUACUCGAGAACAGAUUCCAACAACACGGUAUGCGCGGCAGGGAAUGCUUGCUGCGGAACAUUUGCGAGGCAGCCGAGACCACGCUGCAUCACAACGGCUUACUGGGGCACAUCAUGCAUAUCAUAUUUACACCAUCAUCUUCUCGCGAGGAGGGCUUGGACGACGAAUACUACGAAGCAGAACUGGAAGGGCAAAGAGGCAACUGCGACCGCUACCUCGACGACUGCCCAUUCAGUUUAUUUGACGUCAUCACCAGAUUAGUUGAAAUACGACCCAAUUCGUAGUUAAUAUAAGAG